UUCACGGUGCUGGCGGAAGACCUGCAGCGCUGUUCGGUCCAGAGCUGCGAGGACGCCGGGCGACGCUUCUGCUUCCGGGUGGUCACGCCCACAAGGAGCUGUACGUUCCAGGCCGACUGUGAGGCAGGUAGACGGGCGUGGAUCAGCGCCAUUCAGAACCUGACUCAGAGUAAAGAAACAGUCGAGAGCGAGGAAUCAGACGGGUACAAGAACGAUUCGGAAUCAGAUUUGUCAAGCAAGCAGACAGACUCACAGGGACCACAAGUGUCUUCCGAAGCUCCAGGUGGGAUGAGUUCUGGAGAAGUCGUCUGUGAUGCUCUCGAGAACAAGGAGGCUGAAGGAGAAACCACCGACGGAGAAGGUCAAGAGGAAAAGACGACCAACAUGAACCCGGACAGCCAAUACACCCUUGGAGAGCUGCUGGGAAAGGAAGACUGCGGUUCAGUCUAUGAAGGAGACCAUAAGGCAGAUGGGAACCAGGUUGAGGUGCCAUGCACUGUACCCGAGACGGACGACAUCUCAGAGGGAACGUCACGUGUGGUUGAGGACGUCUCCGAGCUGCACAAGUGCUAUGAGGUUCACGAAACCAUUGGAUCAGGUGGUUAUGCAACGGUCAAGCUCGCCAGGCACAUUCGGACUGAAGAGCCAGUGGCCAUCAAGAUCCUGGAGAAGAAAGAGCUCGGGGAUGAGUUGUUCGAUUUGAGGAUCGAGAUUAAAGCCCUGAAGAACCUCAAUCAUCAGCACGUGUGCCGCUUGUACCAAGUCAUGGAGACUGCUGACCAGAUCUACAUGGUGCUUGAGUUUUGUCCGGGUGGAGAUCUGUUCGACCACGUCGAUAAUAACGACAGGUUGUCGGAGGAGGAGACGCGCAGGAUCUUCCGUCAGAUCGUCUCGGCGCUGGCCUACGUCCACAGCCAGGGAUACGCCCACCGUGACCUUAAGCCAGGUGGAUUGGGUACUGCUCUGAUUGAGGGCUGUGGAACCCCUCCCUACUUGGCACCAGAAAUCAUUGAUGAUAAACCCUAUCAUGGUGCAGAGGCAGAUGUUUGGAGCUUGGGUGUUGUCCUAUAUGACAUGCUGUGUGGCCACCUCCCGUUCGAUGGUGACAACUUUGUGGAGCUCCAUGAACAAAUCACUAAAGGACAUUUUGACACUCCUGACUGGCUGUCUCCUGGUUCUGUACUGCUGAUUAAGGAAAUGCUGCAGGUGGUUCCAGAGCGGCGCAUAAAGGUGGAGCAUCUGCUGGAUCACGAGUGGGUAAUGAAGGGGUACAGCAGCCCUGUAGAAUGGCACAGCACAUGCCAGCUGGAUCAUCUAGAUGAGGAGAGCAUCACCGAGAUGGCUGUGAUGUUCAGACAGUCCAACCAAAGCACCAAGCAGCUGGUGUCUGAGUGGAAGUUUGAUCAGAUCACAGCUACGUAUCUUUUGCUCUUGAGAAGGAAGCAGCGCAGUAGUCCAGUGUGUAGCUUAGCGGACGUGUAAGAAAUCCAGCAGGAGACGUCGUCGGUGCAUCAAGGAGGGACGAUGGUGGCACCAUCCAAUCAGGACACGUUACACCUCAAUUUCACAUUUCAGUGAUUGUUGCAGAUGUUUCUCUCUAACCCAUCCUCUUUCUCUCUCUCUUCUUUUACCAGAAUGAUGCAUUUUGGGUAUCUGUGUGUGACUGGUUAGAUGAACUCCACUGAGGUGCCGCCCUUGUUGAUCCACACAGCUGUAUGAGAAGUGUAGAACAUGGAUGACCAGGAUCAACAAGCAUCAAAAUCUUAUAACAUUAAAUAAUAAAUAAAUAAACUCACUGAAUAUAUGAAGGUGGAUGGAU